AUGCUCCGCGUUGCGACGCUCUCGGCGCUCGCCGUCGCCGCGGCGAAGGAGCACCUCUGCGUGCCGUGGACGCGCGCGCAGCGGUCGGCGCUCGAGCGGUCCAACGCCUUCCUGCCCGAGCCCGCAACCUUUGCGGCCGAGGCGCCGCGGGACGCCGACGCCGACGCGCUGCACGCGCUCCUGCGGUCCCUGGGCGAAGCCUGCGCCGACCCGUUCCUGCCCGUCGGGGGCACGAACGCCCUCGGGAGCCACCUCAACGCGCUCGUGCUGCCGCUGAGGUACGCCGUCGCGGCGAACCGGACGAUGCUCACGCCGCCGCUCGGCGCCUACGCCAACGGGUCCUGCGCGUCCCUCGCCUGCUACUUCCUCCCGACGGCGCCGCGCUGCGAGCGGGCGCUCGGCUACCCGGCGCCCCACGCGGGCGCGGCGGCCGCGCGGCCGCGGCCGCCGGCCGCCGCCGCCGCGGCGCUCAAGCGCGCGCGGCGGAAGCGCGCGAACGCCUGCGGCGGCGCCGCGGCGCCGGAGUGCGGCGAUUACGACGCCAUCGAGGCGCUCGGCGAGGCCGACAUCCCGCGCGCGUGGCGGUCCGGCGCGGCGCGCGGCGCCUGCGGCGGCGACGCGCAGGGCAGGAAAAGAGAGCGAAGCGACACGUGCGCGGUCCCGACGCUCCGGGCGUCCGCGAUGAAGCGCGACCGCGCGCCCGCGCCGCGCGGCGUCGAGGACCGCGGCGACUUCUGGUACGUCGCCCAGCUCCUCGCGCACCUCGCGCGGCCGAACGCGGCGAGCCGCGCGCGCCUCGCGCGCGCCGCGGCCGCGGCCGGCGUGCGCCGCGCGCCGCGGCCGCUGCUCGGCGUCCACGUGCGCCGCGGCGACUCGUGCCGCGCGGCCCAGGAGGCGUCCAAGGCGCGGCGCUGCUCGCCCUUCGGCGAGUACUGGUACCACGCGCUCGCGAUCGGCGCGGGAAAAGGGUGCAAAACGUCCUAG